GCGGAGCGGAACUCGUGUAGAAUGAGACGCGUCCGAGGUGGCGCCCGUCCACACCACGCCGAACUUCCCGCUGGAUCCAGACGGGAGAGCCGGAGUUUUCCGUGAAUGUCUCACCCAUGAAGAGCAGCAUGUAUUUCGGUAACCCGUGUCAGAGCUCGGUUCUCUCCACCCUGGUGCGUACCGCCCUGCCUGCAGCCACGCCCUCUCAUGAUGUCACCGCCCUGCCCAUGGCCACGCCCUCCCUCCAUAUGAAACCCUUCUUGCCCUUCCCCCUGGACUCCGCCCCCCUGGACUCCGCCCCCAUCGGACUCCUCCCCCACUUCAGCACGGCUGUGCUGGGGGUGUCAGGUACGGAGCCGGGGUCUGCUUUGCGCUGCUGGAAGGCUGGGUUAGUCUGCAGGAGGAUGUGUAUGGACCCAGUUCAGAAAGCCAUACUGAGCCAAACUCUGGGCCUGUCUGCCCUUGCACCCCCACCCCCCCACAAGAGCAAACAUCUGGUGUCCUGUGCCCUGUGCCAGCUCAGGUUCAACUCCGAGAAGCAGGCGUUGGCACACUUCAGAGGCACUCGUCACGCCAGGAAGCUGCGUGUUCUGGAGGCUCCGGACGCUCACGUGGUCACCAAGGAAACGGCCAGGAAGGCCCCCCCCGCGGCCCCCCUCCCCAGCCCCCAGGGCUCCGACUGCAGAGCAGUCUCCCCUCCCACCACAGGGGCGGCGCUAUCUGGCAGCAGUGGCACAGCGGGAGCGGAGCCGACCUCUGACCCCAUCUCGGCGGUCAGUCCCAGCGGCCCUGGGGAGGCGGAGGGGGAAGGGGGGGGGGAGACGGAGGAGGAGAAGGCCAGGAGGCUGCUGUACUGCUCCCUCUGCAGGGUGGCCGUCAACUCCACCUCCCAACUGGACGCACACAACAGUGGCACGAAGCACAAGACGAUGCUCGAGGCUCGAAGCGGUGGGGGGGCCAUCAAGUCCUUCCCCAGGCAAGGGGUCAAAGGUCGGUUGGCUUCUCCUACCCAGCUCAUCACAGGCCUUCAGAACAAAACGUUCUUCUGUGAGAUCUGUGACGUGCAUGUCAACUCCGAGACCCAGCUCAAACAGCACAUCAGCAGCCGGCGGCACAAAGACCGGGCGGCGGGGAAACCGGCGAAACCGAAGUACAGCCCCUACAGCAAGCCCCCCAGGACCGGCACCACUCCGCAGGUACGGCAGCCAAAGCUGAUUCCAGGUCAUGUGACAGUCGCUGGGGUUCCACCCAUUACCCUGAGCUCCACCCCCGCUUUAGCCACCGCCCUUUUUCAGACGCCGAGCUUGCUCCGCCCCUCCCCCGGACCCCUCCGAACUGCACACACCCCCGUUCUGUUCACCCCCUACUGAGAUGGACCAAACUCAGGUCUGACCUGGUCCAGAACUGAACCGUGCCAGAUCUCUGGGUCUCCUGACUGGGCUGUGAGAUGGGCUGAACCCCACCCCCCGGCUCUGGAAUGGUUUGAUCCAGGAUGUGGUUGACUAGGAGGGACCUGAUUCUACACAGCCUCUUUCCCCGUCUGGACAGUCAACCUCCAGAACCUUCCGGUGUGAUCUGGACCACCCCUGCCAUCUGCAAUAAUGUACAGACUGGACUGAGGAACGGAUGAUUGCUGAUCCAGAACUGGAACCAGAACCAGGGAACUGAAAGCAUUAAAGAGAGUGAAGUCCAGAUAACACAGAUCGAGUGUUCCUCUAAAUCAUUCCAGAGUAGGACUGAGGGAACCACUGGCUCGUGUGUGUGUGUGUGUGUGAGUGUGUGUGUACCUGUUUGUGUGUGUGUGUGUGUGUGUGUGUUUGUAUCUGCGAGUGUGUCUGUUUGUGCGCUUUUUUCUAUACUUGUGAGGACCACCAUAUGAAAACACACAUUGGAAGAGAGGACCUUUCUGCAUAUGAGGAAAAACAUGUUGUCCUCACAAAUAAUUAUUCUAUUAAUAUUAAAAGAGUAGUCCAGAUAACACUGAUGCAAUGUUUCCCUAAGUUAUUCCUGUGUGUGUGCAUGUGUGUGUGUGUGUGUGUGUGCAUGUGCGUGUGUGUGUGCAUGUGCGUGUGUGUGUGUGUAUGUGCGUGUGUGUGUGUGUGUGUGUGCGUGUGCAUGUGCGUGUGUGUGCCUGUGCGUGUGUGUGUACGUGUGAGUGUGUGUGUGUGUGAGAGUCUGUGUGUGUGUGUGUGUGUGUGUGUGUAAGUGUGUGUGCACGAAGCUCAGAGAGCAGAAGGAUGUCAGUUGCUAUCUGUCAGUGAUCAUAAUAGAAUAAAGAAUAAAGAGUCUUACUUUCUUUAAAAAUUUGAA